AUCGUUAACAGCCCACGUGUUCUUUCUCUUGAGAAGUAUAUCGUUUCUUUCGAACUAACCUAUAAUGUUUACAAUCAAAUAAACGAAUGCAAUAAACACAAUCUAUACAAACGAACAAUUUCCAUUUAUUUUAGGUAAUUUGAUGUAAAUUAGUAUAAUAUUUAUAUUGUAUAUAAUAUAUUAUUAACAAAAUGAUGUCAAAAUAUAUAUUACGUUCAACUUGUAUCUUUGGAAAAUAUAUGCAGAAUAAUUUGCCUGUAAUGCUAAGUGCUAUUUCGUAUCCUCAUAAUUCUUUAGAACAGAUCAGGCAUAUAAAUAAACAUUGGAAUCCUAAGUAUAAGAAGGAGAGGAAAGAAAAAUUUAUUAAAAUAGAUCUACCAAAUUUUCAUGAGACUAAUAAAAAAAAAGCUGCGGAAAGAAAGCGCUCAUUAUUAAAACAAUAUGGAAUAUAUCCUCAAAAGCAAUGGACGGAAAGACCAAUUUUUAUUAGUUGUACUCCUAAUGCUUUUGACUCUUAUGUACCACCAGAAGGCGAUGGAAAGUUUUCUACAAUUACCAAGGCGGGAGCAAUGCAAAAAAUGACAGAUGUAACAAUGAAAGGAAAAUCAAUGAUGGCCAUUAGAAAAAUUAAAUCAUUUGAAGACACAUUUACAUUAAAGAAUUUCCCUCAAGAAGCUUUAAAUAUUUAUAUUAAAGCGCACGAAGCCUUAGCUGCAAAAGAUAUGAACGCUUUGAUAGAAUACGUUACAGAGAGUGCAUAUUCCAAAAUGUUGCAUAAUGUUAUGGAUAAAAAUAUUCGUUGGAAGUAUGUGGAAUCAUUAGAACCGCCUCGUAUUGUACAUGCAAGAUGUCAACAUCUAAUUACAAAGGAUAAUCUAUUUGGACAAUUAACAAUGCGCAUUCAUAGCCAGCAGAUUUUAACCAUAUACGAUAGAUUUGGCCGUUUAUUAAAAGGAAGUGAAAUCUUAAAGAAAGAUGUUCUUGAAUAUAUCGUAUACGAAAAUCAUUUGGCAAAUCAAUAUGGAAAGUGGCGUCUUCACGAAAAGAUUAUACCAUCUUGGAUGCCUCCAAGAGAAGUAGGAGAAAAAACAUAUAUUUUAUCACCGGAAACCGAAAAAGUUAUAACUCCUGAUCUACCAAACAAAUCUACCGAUACUACGAAUGCUGCAGAAACUACUGCAAAUUAAUAUUAUAUUGAAUGUUAAUCGUAUCAUAAAAUAACAAUAAUUCGAAUCAUUUUUUUAUUAACGGUAUCAUCUAUUAAAUAGAUCGUUUGUACAUAUAUUAAAUAUACUCGUUAAAAUAAUAAUUAAAAUAAUAAAAUUAUUUCUUCAUGUUUUUGAAAAAUAAUUGUAAUCUAUGAUCGAUAUUAAAAAUAUAUUUCAUUGAUGAGACGUCAAUGAAAUUCUCACGUUUGAUUUGUUCUCAAUAACGAAGGAAUCCAAUUGGGCGAGAAACAAAUUCGUGUUAACGAAGUAUAAUCGUCACGUGAAAACCGUGCGGUAAGAUAUAAAAGAAAGAAAGGAGAAAGAGAAAGAGAAAAAGAGAGAUGGACGUAGCAAUCAGUGGCGCCGCCUGACGUAAAAAAGUUUAACUGAGAAAUAUCGUGGAAGUUAAAAUUGAUACAUAGUUCGGCCAAUAGGGGGCGAAAGAAGUGACGUGAAUGAGAGGACUAGACGAGACGAGAGAGAGAAGACGGAGUAUAUAGUAAAGAAGAGAGGGGAUUGGUGGUCUCGCGGGCGAGAGCGAGAGGCGAGCGAAGGAGCGAGCGAGCGUGGAACGAACGGUCUAGAGAGCGCGAGCGAAGGAGCGAGCGAGCGAACGGCGAGUAAGCGAGCGAGUGGGUAGGCAGGCAGGCAGGCAGGCAGGCAGGCAGGCAAGCAAGCA